AUGUGUAUUUCUUAUGUCACUAGUUGUCAAUUUAAUGAGGAAAACACUAGAGAAAGUUCCUUUGAUGUAGGACAUGGUUUUUGCAGUACGUCGAAGCAUAACGACACAGGUAUGAUUUUCAUCCCAUCCUUGAUUGGUCUCUCUCACAAGUAUAAUGAAUGUUCUUUCCCUGAAAAGAUCAAGAAUGCGUUCAAGAUUCUUUUGAAAUCUGUUGCUAAACAGGAUGACCUAAGACGGAAAAAAGGUUUCUGA